GUGCGAUUGGAGACUCAAAGAGAAAUACUUAAUCAGAAAUAUAGAGAUCAUUGACCGCGAAGACUACUCCAACGACACGGAGAUUAACGGAACUAAUUUCUAUAAUAAUAAUGGCGGCGGCGGGGGCACCGGUACUCAUCAUAUGCCUAAAUACGCGUUUGAAAUCGUGCCCAGAAAUCAGCCCAAAAUUGUAUUGUUUGCCAAAACGCUGGAAGAGAAGGCCCUUUGGAUGUCAAACCUAAUACUACUGAACACGCGGUCUAUGCUGGAGAGGACGCUGGACUCGAUGCUGAUCGACGAGGCGAAGAAGCAUCCCUUACGGCUGCCCUCACCCGAUGUCUACCGGUUCGCUGUGGAGGACUCGGACUCUAAUAUCAUAUUCGAAGAAAACAAAUCCAAUUCAAACGUUCCGCUCAUCAAAGGUGCAACACUAUUGAAACUGGUGGAAAGGCUCACGUAUCACAUGUACGCCGACCCCAUGUUUGUCCGCACAUUUCUCACGACAUAUCGUUCAUUCUGUUCGCCGCAAACACUGCUCGACCUACUGAUCGAGCGCUUCGAGAUACCGGAGCCCGAGUUCAAUCACAACACCCCAAACACACCGCCGCAACAACAACCCCUUCAGCCAAUACCACCGCAACAAUACAUGAACACAAACACCAAUACCACGAAUCAGAUCGUCAACAACAUGAACAACAAUAACGACAUUCAGUAUAACAACGGCUCGAGUAUGUGUUGCAACAACACGACUGGCGAUGGGCCGCACUCUCAGCACAUCUACGAGAACUCGGAGAUCCGUAACAAUCACAGAGAGAUCCUGAAGCGCUUCCGCAAAGAGUACUCACAGCCGGUCCAGUUCCGAGUGCUCAAUGUGUUGCGCCACUGGAUUGACAACCAUUACUACGACUUCGAGAGGGACGCCGGCCUACUCGAGACGCUCAAGAAGUUCUUGGAUGAGAAGGUGAGGGCCAAGAAGAACAUGAGGAAGUGGUGCGAGAAUAUCAAGAAAGUAUUGGACCGCAAGUCGGAGCUCAGCGCCGAACCCCAGAUCACACACAGCUUCGAGCGCCAGCCGCCCAACUUUGAGUGGUGGCUCACCAAAGACUCGCACAAGUUUGACUUGCUUACCUUGCAUCCGAUAGAGUUGGCCCGACAGCUGACGCUACUUGAGUUCGAUCUCUACCGAGCAGUCAAACCGUCCGAAUUAGUGGGAACUGAGGGCCAGUCAGUCGUGUGGACGAAGAAGGAUAAGCAGAAGACAUCACCGAAUUUGCUCAAAAUGAUUCACCACACCUCCAAUUUCAUAUUCUGGUUGGAGAAGUGUAUCGUCGAGACGGCAAACUUCGAGGAACGGGCGGCCGUAUUGUCGCGUAUAAUCGAGAUAAUGAUAGUCCUUCAAGAACUCAAUAACUUCAACGGUGUGCUCGAAGUGAUCUCAGCCAUUGGCAGCGCGUGUGUCCACCGGUUAGAGCAUACCAUGAAUCACAUCGAGAAGAACUCCAAACUCAAGCGAGCGCUCGAAGAGGCACAGGAGCUCACAGUCGAACACUUCAAACGGUAUCACGAGAAGUUGCGGUCCAUAAACCCUCCGUGUGUGCCAUUCUUCGGCAUGUAUUUGACAAACAUAUUGCACAUCGAAGAGGGAAACCCGGAGUUUUUGGUGACACCGCAGCCAUCGCUCAACCACUACGACUCGCAGUCAACGCUGACAUCCAUAUCCUCGGCGACCAGUGUUCAGACCACUAACACAUCAUUACUAUCGCUGAGCUCUAGCACUGGUAGCACCGCAUCGACGGUCAUAUUGCCCUCCAAUGGCACGACGACCAACAGCACUGUUAGCAGUUGCGCCACAUCCACAACAUCGGUGCCCAACACACCCAACCCUAACACCAACCAAAUGCUGAUUAAUUUCAGUAAACGUCGAAAAGUGGCUGAAAUUACCGGUGAAAUACAACAGUAUCAGAACCAACCCUAUUGUCUCAACGUUCAUGAAGGGAUCAGGAACUUCUUGGAGUCAUUGAAUCCAUUGGGAGAUCUCGAUGAGAAGACACUGAUGGAUGAUCUCUACAGCAAAUCGCUAGAAAUAGAGCCCAGAAAUGCCAAACAAUUAAACAAAUUUCCCCGAAAAUGGCCGGAUUUGAACCUUAAGUCGCCGGGCAUUAAGCCGCGCGGGAGUCGCGCUAAUCACUUGCCGGCCCUCCAGUCGUUGGACUCAUUACUCAACUCUCUGUCCAUAUCUCAAAACGAGGACUCAAUGGCCGACGAAUGUCAAACACACAGUCCGUCGACGCCGCAGACGCCGCCCUACUCGGCCACGAGUUGCGGCGCCGGCAGCGAUCAUUCCGUGUUCGCCUCGGUCUUCAUCGGCGGCGGCUCCACAUACGGCGGCCCAUCGCCCACCACACCCAUCCAUUCCACGCCACCCACGCCCAGCCCGUGGUCGUCGAUGCCGGGCCUCCCGCCCAACCCGUCGACGCCGCCGCCGUUGCCCCCGCGCACCAAUCGCGGCACCACUCGACACAACUCGAUGUCCUACUCGUCGGACGUGCCGUCGCCGCGCAGUCGAUACGCGCCGACGUUCGUGACGCUGACCAACUCGUUCGAGGACGGGAUGCCGCCCCCACUGCCGCCCCGUUGCUCCACCUUCUCGGCCACCCUUCCCCGCAAUUACAACAGUCACGCAUCGGUGGCGGCGGCCGCGGUGGCCGCACAGCACCACAACAUUCAGCGCUUCAACUCCGAGUACCGGCGCAACUCAGCCAUGGAGUUGCCGCCGAUCGUCGACGGCUGCCAACAGCCGCUACUCUCGCGACGCUACUCGCAGACAACGCACGGCCCCCUCUCGCCGCCGCCGCCCCCUCCCAACGCGGGGCCCGUCUUCUCGGUGCCCAUCGGUCCCUGUCCUCAAUUGCCACCAAAAACAUACCGCCAGACCCUCAACAACAUCGCCCGAUAGUAGACACACCUGUCCUAAGACUAAAAAUAUUAUUAAUAAUUAAUAUAUUAUUUAUAUAUAUAUAAGAACUAAAUUUUUGUGCAUAAGUUGCAAAUAUUAUGUUUAAUGAAAUGUUUUUAAGUUAAUUGUUUUAAUUAAGAAAAAGUGUUUUUAAAUUAUAAACAGUUUUUACAAAAUCGAUGUCCGAUUCGAUCAUUGAAUGCCUU